AUGCAAACAACUACUUUCGAUCCCAAAUUUUCGAUUUUUAACAAAAAGUUCGUUAAUGAUGUCCCAAAUGUAUGUUUUUUUGAUAUGGAUCCAUUAGAGGGUGAUCAAUUCUGGCCAAAACAACAUAAAUCGCCCAAUAAGUUGAAAAAAAUUAUCUCCAAGACAUUUAAAUCUCUUAAACGCAAAGUAUUUCGCAAACCAAAAGAAAUUCCUGUGAUCAAAGAAACCAUGGUUUCUGAAAUUACAUCAUUCUCAACUGAUGACGAUAUAAUUGAAAUUGAUGAAAUUGAUGUUAUAGAUGAAAUUAUUGAUAUUUAUUCAUCAAUUCCGGAAUCGUUGGAUAAAGAUGAACCUAAUUCGUCUAAUCUCGUCAAAUAUGAAGCAACAUCUACAUGCACUUUAGCCGAAAAUAAUGCCAUCGAGCAUAUCGAAAACGAUUCUACCAAAUGCAAUCCAAUAGAAACAAAUUCAAUUCUUUAUAAUCUUUAUGAAGGUGUAAAAGAGACGGUCAAUGUACCGUGCAAUAUUUCUUAUUGUGAGUUGGGAAAGUUAAACGAACAAAAAAUUGUUUAUCCUACGAGCAAAGAUCCCGUUUUUGUUCGUAUCAAUAAUUAUUAUGGUGAUUCCAUCGAAAGGAUAUAUGAUUUUGAUUUUUUAUAUUAUUUGAUUAAACAUAAAGAAAGCAUAUAUUGGAUUGUUAGCAAUUUUAGAUUUAGACGCUCUACUAUUUUUUCGAAUAUAAAAUAG